AUGCUCCGCCCGCUGGGCUUCGGUCCCACCCCCUGUCCCCUCCCCCGCCAUCCUCCUAGAGCGUCUGGCCUGUCCGGCCGGGUGGCGAACGUUUCGCGUGCGUGCGGGCGCUUGACUUCAUUUCCGGCUAACGCGCUCUGCUUUGCCCCCUGGCCCCGGAUGGUGACUGGCGGUGGUGCUGCACCUCCCGGGACUGUCACUGAGCCGCUUCCCAGUGUGAUUGUGCUGAGCGCAGGCCGGAAGAUGGCGGCUGCGCCUGCGGCGGCCUCCGGCCCAGGCUGCUCCUCCGCGGCGGCGGCCGGGGCGGGGGGCUCCGAGUGGCUGGUGCUGCGGGACGGCUGCAUGCGCUGCGACGCCGACGGGCUGCACAGCCUUUCCUAUCACCCGGCGCUCAACGCCAUCCUGGCCGUCACCAGCCGCGGGACCAUCAAAGUCAUCGACGGCACGUCGGGGGCCACCCUGCAGGCCUCGGCGCUCAGCGCUAAACCAGGUGGACAGGUGAAAUGUCAGUAUAUUUCUGCUGUGGAUAAAGUUAUAUUUGUGGAUGAUUAUGCAGUAGGUUGUAGGAAGGACCUUAAUGGAAUCUUGUUGUUAGACACUGCUCUACAAACUCCAGUUUCAAAGCAGGAUGAUGUGGUACAGCUUGAACUGCCCGUUACAGAGGCACAACAGCUCCUAUCAGCAUGUGUAGAAAAGGUAGAUAUUUCUAGCACAGAGGGUUAUGAUUUGUUUAUCACACAGCUCAAAGAUGGUUUAAAAAAUACAUCUCAUGAGACUGCAGCAAACCACAAAGUUGCUAAGUGGGCCACAGUUACAUUUCAUCUUCCUCAUCAUGUGUUGAAGUCCAUUGCCAGUGCCAUUGUAAAUGAACUCAAGAAAAUAAAUCAGAAUGUUGCUGCCUUACCCGUAGCAUCCUCAGUGAUGGACAGAUUGUCUUACCUCUUACCUAGUGCACGUCCAGAACUUGGAGUGGGGCCUGGCCGUUCUGUAGACAGGGCAUUGAUGUAUAGUGAAGCAAACAGACGGGAGACAUUUACCUCAUGGCCACAUGUUGGCUAUAGGUGGGCACAGCCAGAUCCCAUGGCACAAGCUGGAUUUUAUCACCAGCCUGCCUCAUCUGGAGAUGAUAGAGCCAUGUGUUUUACUUGUAGCGUAUGUCUCGUUUGUUGGGAACCUACAGAUGAACCUUGGUCUGAACACGAGAGACAUUCCCCCAACUGUCCGUUUGUGAAAGGCGAGCACACGCAGAAUGUGCCCCUGUCCGUCACGCUCGCUACAAGUCCUGCGCAGUUUCCUUGUGCAGAUGGAACUGACAGGAUAUCUUGCUUUGGGUCGGGGAGCUGCCCACAUUUUCUAGCUGCUGCAACUAAACGAGGAAAGAUCUGCAUAUGGGAUGUUUCCAAACUCAUGAAGGUGCACUUAAAGUUUGAAAUUAAUGCCUAUGAUCCAGCAAUUGUACAACAGCUUAUUCUGUCAGGAGACUCAGGUUCAGGAGUUGAUUCAAGGAGACCAACUUUGGCAUGGCUGGAGGAGUCCUCUAGUUGCUCAGAUAUUCCAAAAUUGGAAGGAGAUAGUGAUGAUUUGUUGGAGGAUUCAGACAGUGAAGAGCAUUCCAGAUCAGAUUCUGUUACAGGGCAUACAUCACAGAAGGAAUCCAUGGAAGUAAGCCUUGAUAUAACAGCAGUCAGCAUUCUCCAACAGCCAGAAAAACUUCAAUGGGAAAUUGUGGCAAAUGUGCUUGAAGAUACUGUUAAGGAUCUUGAAGAACUUGGGGCAAAUCCUUGCUUAACAAACUCUAAGAGUGAAAAGAUAAAGGAAAAGCACCAGGAACAACACAACAUUCCCUUUCCAUGUUUAUUAGCUGGAGGUUUAUUAACAUAUAAGUCUCCUGCUACCUCACCCAUUAGUAGUAAUUCUCACAGGUCACUGGAUGGUUUAAGCAGAACUCAGGGCGAAAGUAUAUCAGAACAAGGGUCAACUGACAAUGAAUCCUGCACAAAUUCAGAAUUGAAUUCUCCUUUGGUAAGGAGGACUUUACCUGUUUUACUUCUUUAUAGCAUCAAAGAAUCUGAUGAGAAAGCAGGAAAAAUCUUUUCACAAAUGAACAAUAUUAUGAGUAAAAGUUUGCAUGAUGAUGGUUUUACGGUUCCGCAGAUUAUUGAGAUGGAGCUGGAUAAUCAGGAGCAGUUGUUGUUGCAGGAUCCUCCUGUGACUUACAUUCAGCAAUUCGCAGAUGCAGCUGCCAGCCUUACCUCUCCUGAUUCUGAGAAGUGGAACUCUGUGUUUCCCAAGCCUGGGACUUUGGUUCAGUGCUUGAGGCUGCCAAAGUUUGCAGAGGAAGAGAAUCUUUGUAUAGACUCCAUAACUCCUUGUGCUGAUGGAAUUCAUUUGUUGGUAGGACUACGGACAUGCCCUGUUGAAUCCUUGAGUGCAAUAAAUCAAGUUGAGGCCUUGAAUAAUUUAAAUAAAUUAAACUCUGCACUAUGUAAUAGACGUAAAGGUGAGCUGGAAUCAAAUAUUGCUGCAGUAAAUGGUGCAAAUAUUAGUGUAAUCCAACAUGAAUCACCAGCAGAUGCACAGACUCCUUUGAUCAUUCAGCCAGAGCAGAGGAAUGCUAGUGGUGGCUAUUUAGUUCUUUAUAAAAUGAAUUAUACCACUCGAAUAGUGACUUUAGAAGAGGAGCCAGUAAAAAUCCAACAUAUCAAAGAUACCCAGGACACAAUUACCUCGCUCAUUUUGCUUCCACCAGAUAUAUUGGAUAAUCGAGAGGAUGACUGUGAAGAACCUGCUGAGGAAAUGCAGUUGACCUCAAAGAAUGGGAUUGAAAGAGAAAAAAAGCCUGAUAUUUCUACUCUUGGACACCUGGUAAUAACCACUCAGGGAGGAUAUGUAAAAAUACUAGACCUUUCAAACUUUGAAAUUUUGGCCAAAGUGGAACCUCCCAAAAAGGAGGGCACUGAGGAACAGGACUCAUUUGUUUCUGUCAUUUAUUGCUCAGGCACAGACAGGCUGUGUGCGUGCACCAAAGGUGGUGAGCUUCAUUUUCUCCAAAUUGGAGGAACCUGUGAGGAUAUUGAUGAAGCUGAUAUUCUAGUGGAUGGGUCUCUUUCUAAGGGAAUAGAACCGUCUUUAGAAGGUUCCAAACCUUUAUCAAAUCCUUCAAGUCCUGGCAUUUCAGGAGUUGAUUUAUUGGUGGACCAGCCUUUCACACUUGAAAUCCUGACGUCUCUAGUAGAGUUAACUCGAUUUGAGACACUGACGCCGCGAUUUUCAGCUACUGUUCCUCCAUGUUGGGUAGAAGUUCAGCAAGAGCAGCAGCAAAGAAGGCACCCUCAGCAUUUGCAUCAGCAACACCAUGGUGAUGCUGCUCAGCAUACUAGAACUUGGAAACUACAGACUGACAGCAACAGUUGGGAUGAACAUGUAUUUGAAUUGGUUCUGCCUAAAGCCUGUAUGGUUGGACAUGUGGACUUCAAAUUUGUUUUGAUCUCAAACAUCACCAAUAUUCCUCAGAUACAAGUGACCUUGCUGAAAAACAAAGCUCCUGGCUUAGGGAAAGUCAAUGCUCUUAACAUUGAAGUGGAACAAAAUGGGAAACCGUCCCUGGUUGAUAUGAAUGAAGAAAUGCAGCACAUGGAUGUAGAGGAAUCACAGUGUCUUAGGUUAUGUCCGUUUUUAGAGGAUCAUAAAGAAGACAUUCUGUGUGGCCCAGUUUGGCUUGCUAGUGGCCUUGAUCUCUCAGGACAUGCUGGGAUGUUGACAUUAACAAGCCCCAAACUUGUUAAAGGUAUGGCAGGAGGAAAAUAUCGUUCAUUUCUAAUCCAUGUCAAAGCAGUGAAUGAAAGAGGAACAGAUGAGCUUUGCAAUGGUGGCAUCCGUCCUGUUGUAAGACUUCCAUCCCUAAAACACCAGAGCAACAAAGGCUACUCUCUUGCAUCUCUCUUGGCAAAAGUCGCAGCAGGCAAGGAAAAGUCAUCUAAUGUUAAGAAUGAAAGUGCAGGAGGUACCCGGAAAUCUGAAAAUCUUCGGGGCUGUGACUUUCUUCAAGAAGUCUCUGUUACCAUUCGAAGAUUUAAGAAAACUUCAAUUUCUAAGGAAAGGGUUCAGCGUUGUGCCAUGUUACAGUUUUCAGAAUUCCAUGAGAAGCUUCUUAACACUCUUUGCAGAAGAGCAGAUGAUGGCCAAAUCACAGAACAUGCUCAGAGUCUUGUGUUGGAUACUCUCUGUUGGUUAGCUGGAGUACAUUCAAAUGGACCCGGAAGCUCAAAGGAAGGAAAUGAGAGCCUACUUUCAAAAACGCGAAAAUGUCUUUCAGAUAUUGUACGUGUUUGCUUCUUUGAGGCAGGACGAAGCAUAGCCCAUAAAUGUGCUCGAUUUCUGGCCUUGUGCAUUAGUAAUGGCAAAUGUGACCCAUGUCAACCCGGAUUUGGAUCUGUUCUAUUGAAGGCUUUACUUGACAAUAUGUCCUUUUUACCAGCAGCAGCAACUGGUGGUUCUGUCUAUUGGUAUUUUGUCCUGCUGAAUUACGUGAAGGAUGAAGACUUGGCUGGGUGCAGUACAGCUUGUGCAGCUCUACUCACUGCAGUGUCCAGACAGCUGCAGGACAGGUUGACACCACUGGAGGCUCUCCUUCAAACAAGAUAUGGAUUAUAUAGCUCACCGUUUGAUCCUGUCCUUUUUGAUUUGGAAAUGAGUGGCUCUUCUUGUAAAAAUGUAUACAACAGCAGCAUUGGUGUCCAGUCAGAUGAAAUUGAUUUAUCAGAUGUCCUUUCAGGCAAUGGAAAGGUCAGCAGUUGCACAGCUGCUGAGGGUAGUUUCACAUCUCUCACUGGGCUUUUAGAAGUGGAACCCCUGCACUUCACUUGCGUGUCAACUAGUGAUGGAACCAGAAUAGAAAGGGAUGAUGCAAGUACGUUUACUGUGAGUUCCUUUGGGGUUACUCCUGCAGUAGGUGGACUAUCAUCUGGGACAGUUGGGGAAGCCUCGACAGCCCUGAGUUCAGCAGCCCAGGUAGCUUUGCAGUCUCUCUCUCAUGCAAUGGCUUCAGCCGAGCAACAGCUACAGGUGCUGCAAGAGAAACAGCAGCAGCUUUUGAAGCUUCAGCAACAGAAAGCAAAACUGGAAGCCAAGCUACAUCAGACAACAGCUGCAGCAGCUGCAGCAGCAUCAGCAGCAUCAGCAGUAGGUCCUGUUCACAACUCUGUGCCUUCCAACCCAGUGGCUGCCCCCGGAUUCUUCAUCCACCCAUCCGAUGUUAUUCCACCCACUCCAAAAACAACACCACUUUUUAUGACUCCACCACUUACUCCGCCCAAUGAAGCAGUUUCCGUUGUGAUCAAUGCCGAACUUGCACAGCUUUUUCCAGGCUCAGUCAUUGAUCCCCCAGCAGUCAAUCUUGCUGCACAUAACAAAAAUUCCACCAAGUCCAGAAUGAAUCCACUUGGUUCUGGUCUGGCCCUUGCAAUUUCUCAUGCUUCACAUUUUCUUCAGCCUCCGCCUCACCAGUCCAUUAUUAUAGAGCGAAUGCAUUCAGGAGCCAGGAGAUUUGUGACGCUGGAUUUUGGAAGACCUAUACUGUUGACAGAUGUAUUGAUUCCUACUUGUGGAGACUUGGCCUCCUUGUCAAUUGACAUAUGGACAUUAGGAGAAGAGGUGGAUGGAAGACGAUUGGUAGUGGCAACUGAUAUAAGCACCCAUUCACUGAUUCUUCAUGACUUAAUACCACCACCUGUAUGUAGAUUCAUGAAGAUAACUGUUAUUGGACGUUAUGGAAGUACAAAUGCCAGAGCAAAAAUCCCUUUAGGAUUUUACUAUGGUCAUACCUAUAUCUUGCCUUGGGAAAGUGAACUGAAGUUAAUGCAUGAUCCUCUAAGAGGAGAAGGAGAGUCUGCCAACCAGCCAGAAAUUGACCAGCACUUAGCAAUGAUGGUUGCUCUACAAGAAGAUAUCCAAUGCAGAUAUAACUUAGCUUGUCAUCGCCUAGAAGCUCUUUUGCAAAGUAUUGAUCUUCCUCCUCUCAACAGUGCGAACAAUGCACAGUACUUUUUGCGAAAACCAGACAAAGCAGUAGAGGAAGACGGUAGAGUUUUUUCUGCUUAUCAGGAUUGUAUUCAACUACAGCUUCAACUAAAUUUGGCUCAUAACGCAGUGCAGAGGCUCAAAGUAGCUGUAGGUGCAAGUCGGAAGACAUUGAGUGAAACAUCAGAUCCAGAAGAUUUAAUUCAGACGUCGUCCACGGAGCAGUUACGCACCAUCAUAAGAUACUUACUGGACACAUUGCUCAGCCUUCUUCACUCUUCCAAUGGACAUUCUGUUCCUGCAGUUUUGCAGAGUACAUUUCAUGCUCAGGCCUGUGAAGAGCUCUUUAAACACUUGUGCAUCAGUGGAACCCCAAAGAUACGGUUACAUACUGGUCUGCUCCUUGUUCAAUUGUGUGGUGGUGAAAGAUGGUGGGGCCAGUUUCUUUCUAAUGUUCUUCAGGAACUGUACAAUUCAGAGCAGCUUCUUAUCUUUCCACAGGAUAGGGUCUUUAUGUUACUUUCCUGCAUUGGUCAGAGAUCACUUAGUAAUAGUGGAGUAUUGGAAAGCUUACUUAAUCUCUUGGAUAACUUAUUGUCACCUCUUCAGCCAGAGUUGCUCAUGCAUAGGAGGACAGAAGGUGUCUUAGAUAUCCCCAUGAUCAGUUGGGUUGUUAUGCUGGUGUCCAGAUUGCUGGAUUAUGUGGCAACUGUUGAAGAUGAAGCAGCAGCUGCAAAGAAACCUUUGAAUGGUAAAGACAGGGAGAGGUUUCUGACAGGUAACCAGUGGAGUUUUAUUAACAAUAAUCUGCACACGCAGAGCUUAAAUAGAUCUUCCAAGGGAAGUAGUAGCCUUGACAGAUUAUAUUCCAGGAAAAUCAGAAAGCAGCUUGUUCAUCAUAAGCAGCAACUUAACCUACUAAAGGCAAAACAGAAGGCUUUGGUGGAACAGAUGGAAAAAGAAAAAAUACAGAGUAAUAAAGGAUCAUCAUAUAAACUCUUGGUAGAGCAAGCAAAGCUAAAACAGGCUACUUCAAAGCAUUUUAAGGAUUUGAUUCGCUUGCGGCGGACGGCAGAAUGGUCUCGUUCUAAUUUAGACACUGAAGUUACAACAACAAAAGAAAGUCCUGAGAUAGAACCUCUUCCAUUUACUCUGGCCCAUGAACGUUGUAUUUCAGUAGUGCAAAAACUUGUUCUUUUCCUCCUCUCCAUGGAUUUUACAUGUCAUGCAGAUCUCUUAUUAUUUGUUUGUAAGGUUCUUGCACGCAUUGCAAAUGCCACGAGACCGACUAUUCAUCUGUGUGAGAUUGUCAAUGAACCGCAGCUGGAAAGACUACUGUUACUUUUGGUUGGAACUGACUUCAAUAGAGGAGAUAUAUCUUGGGGUGGUGCUUGGGCUCAGUAUUCCUUAACCUGUAUGCUGCAGGAUAUUUUAGCAGGAGAAUUGUUAGCUCCAGUAGCUGCAGAAGCCAUGGAGGAAGGCACAGUGACUGACGAUGUAGGUGCCACAGCUGGUGACUCUGACGACUCCCUUCAGCAGUCUUCUGUUCAGUUGCUGGAAACAAUUGAUGAACCUUUGACACAUGAUAUAGCAGGUACACCACCUCUGUCUUUGGAAAAAGACAAGGAAAUUGACCUUGAACUGCUUCAAGAUCUAAUGGAAGUUGACAUUGAUCCUUUAGAUAUUGAUUUAGAAAAGGAUCCUCUUGCCGCCAAAGUUUUUAAGCCCAUAAGCAGUACGUGGUAUGACUAUUGGGGUGCUGAUUAUGGUACCUACAAUUACAAUCCUUAUAUUGGAGGUCUGGGAAUGCCUGUAGCAAAGCCACCAGCCAACACAGAGAAGAACGGAUCCCAGACAGUCAGUGUCUCAGUAUCUCAGGCUUUAGAUGCUCGCCUAGAAGUUGGACUUGAGCAGCAAGCAGAACUUAUGUUGAAAAUGAUGUCAACUCUGGAAGCUGAUUCUAUUUUACAAGCAUUGACAAAUACAUCUCCUACCUUAUCGCAGUCUCCAACUGGAACUGAUGAUUCAAUUCUAGGGAGUUUACAAGCAGCAAACCCAAACAACCAGCUUAUUAUACAGUUAUCAUCUGUGCCAAUGUUAAAUGUCUGUUUCAAUAAACUUUUUUCCAUGUUGCAAGUUCAUCAUGUUCAGUUGGAGUCACUUCUCCAGUUGUGGCUCACAUUGAGCCUGAAUUCUAGUUCAUCUGGAAACAAAGAGAAUGGAGCAGACAUUUUUUUAUAUAAUGCAAAUCGAAUACCUGUCAUUUCAUUAAAUCAAGCAUCAAUAACCAGCUUUCUCACAGUGCUAGCUUGGUAUCCCAGUACUUUGCUCCGGACAUGGUGCCUUGUACUUCAUAGUCUAACACUCAUGACAAAUAUGCAGCUUAAUUCUGGUUCCAGCAGUUCCAUCGGAAAUCAGGAGAGUACUGCUCAUUUAUUGGUCUCAGAUCCAAACCUUAUUCACGUGUUAGUGAAAUUUCUUUCUGGUACCAGUCCACAUGGAACUAAUCAACACAGCCCACAGGUUGGCCCUACAGCUACACAAGCUAUGCAAGAAUUUCUUACCCGAUUACAAGUGCAUCUAUCUUCAACAUGUCCUCAGAUAUUCAGUGAAUUUUUGCUGAAGUUGAUUCAUAUACUUUCAACAGAAAGGGGCGCCUUCCAGACCGGUCAAGGACCUCUUGAUGCCCAAAUAAAGCUGUUAGAAUUUACUUUGGAGCAGAAUUUUGAAGUUGUCUCAGUUAGCACAAUUUCUGCUGUGAUAGAGUCUGUCACCUUCUUGGUACAUCACUAUAUCACUUGCUCAGACAAAGUAAUGUCUAGAAGUGGAUCAGACAGCUCCGUGGGUGCUCGAGCAUGCUUUGGGGGACUCUUUGCCAACCUCAUUCGUCCAGGUGAUGCAAAAGCAGUUUGUGGUGAAAUGACAAGAGAUCAACUCAUGUUUGAUUUGUUAAAACUUGUUAACAUUUUAGUACAGCUGCCUCUUUCAGGCAAUAGGGAAUACAGCGCAAGAGUGUCUGUGACCACCAAUACAACAGAUAGUGUUUCAGAUGAAGAAAAAGUCUCGGGAAGCAAAGAUGUCAAUGGAAGCAGUACCAGUAUUCCAGGAUCUCCUGCAUAUGUUGCUGAUUUAGUCUUAGCCAACCAACAGAUUAUGAGCCAGAUUUUGUCUGCUCUAGGCCUGUGUAAUAGCAGUGCCAUGGCAAUGAUAAUUGGUGCAAGUGGCUUACAUCUCACCAAACAUGAAAACUUCCAUGGUGGAUUAGAUGCCAUAUCAGUCGGAGAUGGACUAUUUACCAUACUGACAACACUUAGUAAGAAAGCCUCUACGGUCCACAUGAUGCUGCAGCCAAUUUUGACCUACAUGGCUUGUGGAUACAUGGGCAGACAGGGCUCUCUGGCUACGUGCCAGCUAUCUGAACCAUUACUUUGGUUUAUUUUGAGAGUGCUGGAUACUAGUGAUGCCUUGAGAGCAUUCCACGACAUGGGUGGCGUUCAGCUCAUUUGCAACAACAUGGUUACCAGUACGAGGGCUAUUGUGAACACUGCAAGAAGUAUGGUAUCAACUAUUAUGAAGUUUCUUGAUUCUGGUCCAAAUAAAGCAGUCGACAGCACUUUGAAAACAAGAAUCCUAGCCUCGGAGCCUGACAAUGCAGAAGGGAUCCAUAACUUUGCACCUCUUGGCACAAUCACUUCUAGUAGCCCUACUGCCCAACCAGCUGAGGUACUUUUGCAAGCCACACCACCGCAUCGAAGAGCUCGCUCUGCUGCUUGGUCCUACAUCUUUUUGCCGGAGGAGGCGUGGUGUGACCUUACCAUCCACCUUCCUUCUGCAGUGCUUCUUAAGGAGAUACACAUUCAGCCUCACCUUGCAUCUCUUGCAACCUGCCCAUCCUCGGUAUCUGUUGAAGUAAGUGCUGAUGGGGUUAAUAUGCUACCUUUGUCCACUCCUGUUGUCACAAGUGGUCUCACCUACAUAAAAAUUCAGCUUGUUAAAGCUGAGGUAGCUUCUGCCGUCUGCCUCAGACUACAUCGGCCGAGAGAUGCCAGCACAUUAGGCCUUUCACAGAUUAAAUUAUUGGGCCUCACUGCGUUUGGUACCACUUCUUCAGCAACAGUUAAUAAUCCCUUUCUUCCAUCAGAAGAUCAGGUUUCCAAAACCAGUAUUGGAUGGUUACGGUUGUUACAUCAUUGCCUUACUCAUGUAAGUGACCUGGAAGGAAUGAUGGCCAGUGCAGCUGCCCCUACUGCCAAUCUGCUACAGACUUGUGCUGCAUUACUGAUGUCACCAUACUGUGGAAUGCAUUCGCCCAACAUCGAGGUUGUGCUUGUAAAGAUUGGACUACAGUCCACUAGAAUUGGCCUGAAGCUUAUAGACAUUCUCCUGAGAAACUGUGCAGCAUCAGGCAGUGAUCCUACAGAUUUGAAUAGCCCUUUACUGUUUGGAAGACUGAAUGGACUGUCCUCUGAUUCUACAAUAGAUAUUCUUUACCAACUUGGUACAACUCAAGAUCCUGGAACUAAAGACAGAAUUCAGGCCUUGCUCAAAUGGGUCAGUGAUUCUGCAAAAGUGGCUGCUCUGAAGAGAAGUGGCAGGAUGAACUACAUGUGCCCAAACUCUUCAGCAAUAGAGUAUGGUCUUCUUAUGCCGUCCCCUUCUCAUUUGCACUGUGUCGCAGCAAUUCUGUGGCACAGUUACGAACUGCUUGUCGAGUAUGAUUUACCAGCACUGCUGGACCAAGAGCUCUUUGAGUUGCUUUUUAAUUGGUCCAUGUCUCUUCCGUGCAACAUGGUUUUGAAGAAAGCUGUUGACAGUCUGCUUUGCUCAAUGUGCCAUAUACACCCAAAUUAUUUUUCCUUGCUCAUGGGAUGGAUGGGAAUUUCUCCUCCUCCAAUGCAGUGCCAUCAUAGACUGUCGAUGACAGAUGAUAGCAAAAAGCAGGAUCUUAGUUCUUCAUUAACAGAUGACUCCAAAAAUGCACAAGCACCUCUUACACUCACUGAAUCACAUUUGGCAACCCUUGCCUCAUCUUCUCAGUCCCCAGAAGCUAUCAAACAGUUACUAGACUCAGGGUUGCCCUCCCUGCUUGUGAGGAGUCUGGCUAGUUUUUGCUUUAACCACAUUUCCUACUCAGAAAGUAUUGCUCAGUCCAUAGAUAAUUCACAGGACAAACUUAGGCGGCAUCAUGUUCCACAGCAUUGUAGUAAGAUGCCUAUCACAGCGGACCUGGUUGCUCCUGUUCUUAGAUUUUUGACAGAAGUUGGCAAUAGCCAUAUUAUGAAAGACUGGCUUGGUGGUUCUGAAGUCAAUCCACUGUGGACAGCCCUUCUGUUUUUAUUAUGCCACUCUGGGUCCACUUCUGGGGGACAUAAUUUAGGUGCACAGCAGACCAGUGCAAGAGCAGCUUCUCAUUCUUCAGCUACUACUCCAGCAUUGACUACUCAACAGCGGACUGCCGUUGAGAAUGCAGCUGUUGCCUUCUUUCUGCAGUGUAUUUCAUGCCACCCUAAUAACCAAAAGUUGAUGGCACAGGUUCUCUGUGAACUAUUUCAGACCGCUCCUCAAAGAGGUAGCCUUCCAACAUCUGGGAAUAUUUCAGGGUUUGUACGAAGACUGUUUUUACAGUUGAUGCUGGAAGAUGAGAAGGUGACCAUGUUUCUUCAGUCUCCUUGUCCACUGUACAAAGGUAGAAUUAAUGCCACUAGCCACGUCAUCCAGCACCCCAUGUAUGGAGCAGGCCAUAAGUUUCGCACUCUGCAUUUGCCAGUGUCAACAACACUGUCUGAUGUUCUGGAUAGAGUUUCAGAUACUCCAAGUAUCACAGCCAAACUAAUUAGUGAACAAAAAGAUGAUAAAGAAAAGAAGAACCAUGAAGAGAAAGAAAAAGUUAAGGCAGAAAAUGGAUUUCAGGAUAAUUACAGUGUUGUUGUUGCUUCUGGACUGAAAUCGCAGUCUAAGCGAGCUGUGUCAGCUACCCCACCUCGCCCACCAUCCAGGAGGGGAAGGACAAUGCCUGAUAAAAUGGGAAGUACCUCCUCAAGUGCAGAGGCUGCCAACAAGAUAAUCACCGUCCCAGUGUUUCAUCUGUUUCACAAACUCUUGGCAGGUCAGCCAUUGCCAGCUGAAAUGACGCUUGCCCAGCUUUUAACUCUACUCUAUGACCGAAAACUCCCUCAAGGUUACCGUUCAAUAGAUCUUACUGUAAAAUUGGGAUCAAAAGUUAUCACAGACCCAAGUCUCUCAAAAACAGAUUCUUUUAAAAGACUGCACCCUGAAAAAGAUCAUGGAGAGUUGAUCAGUAGCUGUCCAGAAGAUGAGGCUCUCACUCCAAGUGAUGAGUGUAUGGAUGGAGUAUUGGAUGAAUCUUUACUUGAAACCUGUCCAAUUCAGUCACCAUUACAAGUUUUUGCAGGAAUGGGUGGACUGGCUCUUAUUGCAGAAAGACUGCCCAUGCUCUAUCCUGAAGUAAUUCAGCAGGUGAGUGCUCCAGUUGUGACAUCUACCACUCAGGAAAAACCAAAGGAUAGUGAUCAAUUUGAAUGGGUGACCAUAGAACAAUCUGGGGAGCUAGUUUAUGAAGCCCCAGAAACCAUCGCAUCUGAGCCUCCACCUAUCAAGUCAGCAGUACAAACUAUGUCUCCCAUACCAGCACACUCUUUGGCCGCUUUUGGGUUAUUUCUCCGCCUUCCGGGCUAUGCUGAAGUGCUAUUGAAGGAGAGGAAACAUGCCCAGUGCCUUCUUCGAUUGGUAUUGGGGGUGACAGAUGAUGGAGAAGGAAGCCACAUCCUGCAAUCUCCAUCAGCCAAUGUGCUUCCCACUCUCCCUUUCCAUGUUCUUCGGAGCUUGUUUAGUGCUACUCCUUUGACAACUGAUGAUGGUGUGCUUCUGAGGCGGAUGGCUUUAGAAAUUGGAGCAUUGCACCUCAUUCUUGUCUGUCUCUCUGCUCUGAGUCACCAUGCACCACGAGUUCCAAACUCUAGCCUCAACCAAACAGAGCCCCAAGUGUCAAGUUCUCAUAACCCUACAUCAACAGAAGAGCAGCAGCUAUAUUGGGCCAAGGGGACUGGCUUUGGAACAGGCUCUACAGCUUCUGGGUGGGAUGUAGAACAAGCCUUAACCAAACAGAGGCUGGAAGAGGAGCAUGUCACCUGUCUUCUGCAGGUUCUUGCAAGUUACAUAAACCCCAUGAGUGGUUCUAUGAAUGGAGAAGCCCAGCCAUCUCAGGAGAGCCGAGUACAGCACAGCAAUGCCCUGCCUUCUGUCCUUCUAGAACUUCUCAGUCAGUCCUGCCUCAUCCCAGCCAUGUCCUCCUAUCUACGAAAUGAUUCCGUUCUGGAUAUGGCAAGACAUGUGCCCCUCUAUCGGGCUCUGCUGGAAUUGCUCCGGGCCAUUGCUUCUUGUGCAUCUAUGGUGCCGCUGUUAUUGCCUCUUUCUGCAGAGACUGGUGAAGAAGAAGAACAGUCUGAAUGUCAGACUUCUGUUGGUACAUUAUUGGCCAAAAUGAAGACCUGUGUUGAUACCUACACCAACCGUUUAAGAUCUAAAAGGGAAAAUGUUAAAGCAGGCAUGAAACCAGAUGCAUCUGAUCAGGAACCAGAAGGACUAACUCUUCUGGUACCAGACAUCCAGAAGACUGCUGAGAUCGUUUAUGCUGCCACCACCAGUUUGCGGCAAGCAAAUCAAGAAAAGAAAUUAGGUGAAUACUCAAAGAAGGUGGCUAUGAAACCCAAGCCCAUGUCAGUAUUAAAAUCACUUGAAGAAAAAUAUGUGGCUGUUAUGAAGAAAUUACAGUUUGAUACGUUUGAGAUGGUUUCUGAAGAUGAUGAUGGGAAAUUGGGUUUUCAAGUCAAUUACCACUACAUGUCUCAGGUGAAAAAUGCCAGUGAUGCCAACAGUGCUGCCAGAGCCCGCCGGCUUGCACAGGAAGCUGUGACUCUGUCAACUUCCCUGCCUCUGUCUUCAUCCUCCAGUGUAUUUGUGCGCUGUGAUGAGGAACGACUUGACAUCAUGAAGGUUCUGAUAACUGGGCCAGCAGACACCCCCUAUGCAAAUGGAUGCUUUGAAUUUGAUGUGUAUUUUCCUCAAGAUUAUCCCAGUUCACCACCUCUUGUGAAUCUAGAAACAACUGGAGGACAUAGUGUGCGGUUCAAUCCAAACCUUUAUAAUGAUGGCAAGGUUUGCCUAAGCAUCUUAAAUACAUGGCAUGGAAGACCAGAAGAAAAAUGGAAUCCUCAGACCUCAAGCUUUUUGCAAGUUUUGGUGUCUGUCCAGUCCCUUAUAUUAGUUGCUGAGCCUUAUUUUAAUGAGCCAGGAUAUGAACGGUCUAGAGGCACUCCCAGUGGUACACAGAGUUCUCGAGAAUAUGAUGGAAAUAUCCGACAAGCAACGGUUAAAUGGGCAAUGCUAGAACAAAUCAGAAAUCCUUCACCGUGCUUUAAGGAAGUUAUACACAAACAUUUUUACUUGAAAAGAAUUGAGAUCAUGGCCCAGUGUGAAGAGUGGAUUGCAGACAUCCAGCAGUACAGCAGCGACAAGCGGGUGGGCAGGACCAUGUCUCACCAUGCAGCAGCUCUCAAACGCCACACUGCUCAGCUACGAGAAGAGCUGCUGAAGCUUCCCUGUCCUGAAGGCUUAGACCCAGACAUUGAGGAUGCCUCCCAAGUGUGCAGGGCCACAGCAGGUGCUGACGAGACACUACCACAUGAUCAGGUCAAACCCAGCAGCAGCAAAGACCUCCCCAGUGACUUCCAGUUAUGAGCUGCGUCAAUGUGGAUUUCAUAGACACAAAGGCUUCGAAGCACAAGCCAAAUAUGUCAAUAUUUGUAUGUAAGAAACUAAUUAUGUAAUAGGUUAUGAAACUGAAACUAUACUAUGCCCUUAAGGAGAUCCAGUUUAAUUCAAGGUGAUCUUUUAUUUACCUGUACAAGAGUGUAAACUUUUUUGUGCUUUUAUUUUUCAAUUGUGAGAACCACUGAUUGGUAUGUUCAACAAAUUUGUGUAUACAAAGAAAUGGAUAAAUCACUGAUCUAUAAGGGAAACUACCUUAGGAAAGAAUGUUUACUGAAUGUUUUAUCUUUUUUUUUUUUUUAACUGUAGAAUGAGGGGUUGUUAACAAAGGAUAUAUAUUGGUCAUUCUUACAACUACUAUUUAAAGUCAGCAACUUUUCACUGAAUUUGAUAGAUUUUGUGUUUAGCCAUCUCUUCAUGCUCAUAUUUGAUUUCUAGAGACCUACAUACACGUCAAUAAAAGUUUAGUGGACAUAUCCCUUUUUUUGAUUUACUGGUACAUUUUAAGAUAAAUCUCCCAUAAAAUGCAUUAUAGCUGGAGACUUGCACUUGUAUGGAUGAAUUUAUUACAUUCAACAUAUUUAAUUUUAUGCCUUCUAAUUCUAAGAUGCAGAAAAAAAUAAAUGAACAUGAUUUUAUUCUAUGCCAACAUUUGGGCCUCUGAAUGUAUCCAUUAUUUUUAUUUAAGUAUGCGAAAAGGAAUGGUUAAUUGGAAAAUUCACUUUAAACUGUUUUCCUCAAGGGCUCUUCUUUUUCCUGGACUGUCUGGUUUUGUUGCUGAAGUCACAUGUAUGUAUUGACAUGGAGGCUCUGUAGAGGAGAGGGGCUGGGCCUCUCUGGUGCUGUUACAGUACAUUCUGUACCUGCCAUACAGGCUCAUUUUCAUGCAAAUUCUUCCUAGAGCCAAAUAAAUAAAAACUUAGGUGAAUUAGUAUGUCUUGUUUAUAAAA